UUUUUUCCUCGAACUGGCUUUCGGUACAAGUAACCGGCCUCUCUGCCCUAAGCCGUCUUCUUCCUCCAUCGCGGAAAAGGAACAGUACCUUUCUCCGAUUACUUUCUUUCUCGAUUCAGAGGACACAGUAAAGCGGGGGAAGGUUUUACUGUCUCUAGGGUUUUCCUCUGCCAUUCCGUGUUCCAUAAUCCUAUCUGAUAGAUUCCUUUUUGCCUUUUUUUUUUCUCCUUUUGAUUUCCUUCUUGUCUUUUUUCUUCGGAAUUUGCUUUUCUCCUGAUUCGAUACCAUUGGGUUAAUCCAAUUUGUUGGAAAUUUCACGUUUUUUCCGAGAGUUCCAUUUCGUUUUGAUUGGAUUCCUGAAGACCCAAUUGAUCAACUUUGUUUUCCUUUUUUGGGGUUAUUCGAUUCGGUUCUGGUGGUAUCGCGCCGAUGAGGAUUUUGGGGAUUUUCCUUCUCUCUCCAUUGUUUUCCCUUGCGUUUUCUGAACAACCAUUCAACUCGCUCCUCUUGCCGGCGAUCAUCGAGACCCGGAUCAACGAACUCGAUGAUGAGACCAAUUUGCAUUGCACGAGCUGGAGAUUCGCGGCCGAAACGAACAAUCUCGCGCCGUGGAAAGCAGUUCCUGCAGAGUGCGCCGAUUACGUAAAGGAUUACAUGGUGGAGAGGGCUUACGUCAUCGACCUUGAGAAGGUCUCAGACGAGGCUGAGGUUUACGCAAGCAGCGUCGAAUUGAGCGGCGACGGGAAGGAUAUUUGGGUUUUCGACAUUGAUGAGACCCUCUUGUCGAAUCUCCCAUAUUACAUCGAACACGGUUAUGGGGCGGAAGUUUUUGAUCACUUGGAGUUCGACAAGUGGGUGGAGAAGGGGAGAGCACCUGCCAUAGAAGCAAGCUUGAAGCUCUACCAAAAGGUUAGAGAUUUGGGUUACAAAGUUUUCUUGCUUACAGGACGCAGUGAAAGUCACAGGCUUGUCACUGUCGAAAACUUGAUCAAUGCUGGGUUUCAGAACUGGGACAAGCUUAUUUUGAGAUCUUCAGAAGAUAAAUGGAAAACAGCGACUGAAUAUAAGUCAGAGAAGAGGGAAGGGAUGGUGGAUGAUGGGUAUAAAAUCAGAGGCAAUUCAGGUGAUCAGUGGAGUGACCUGUUGGGUUCCUCCAUGUCAGAACGAUCCUUCAAACUCCCAAAUCCGAUGUAUUACAUCCCCUAAACCUAUAGGCUAUUGCCCUAAUUGUGCUCUCAUUUGCUUGUCCGAAGUUUAUGAGACAACUUUAGCAGAGCAGUCAAGUGUAAUUACUUGCAAUACAAGUAAACGAUUAGUGCAACAGCUCCAUUCCAUUC